UGGACAAAUUAAUAUAUAAACUAGUUAGACAUCUUCAAAAUGUUGCAACAGAUGAUAUGGCCAAUAAGCUUCUCCAAUUGUAUGAGUACGAAAAGUCUCGGAAACCUGGGAAACUAAACGAUUCAGUAUAUCAUGCAAAUGCACAUGUUAUCCUUAAUGAGGACAAUAUAUAUCGAUUGCAAUGUUCCUCACCACCCUCUCGGCUAUCCAUCCAGCUCAUGGACAAUAUGAAUGAAAAGCCUGAGAUGUUUGCUGUUUCUAUUGAUCCAAAUUUUUCUUUUUACCUUCACAAUGAUUUUCUCUCCGUCCUUCCUUCUAAAAAGGAACCCCAUGGCAUUUUACUUCAAAGAAACAAACGCAAAUUUGGAGAUAUUGAUGAGCUUUCUGGAAUAACUUCUGCUAUGGAAGGUGUCAAACUAAUUAAUGGAUUGGAAUGUAAGAUAGCUUGCAGCUCGUCCAAGAUCUCCUAUGUUCUCGACACACAAGAUUUCUUUUUCCGGCCGAAAAGGAGAAGGCAAGCGUCACCGGAAACCAGAUCUUGUCGACACCGGAGGGACAGAGAGGAAAGAUACCGCAGGUUGAUGGCGACCGUGUCUCAAUGACUUGUAUCUUAAUAACAUUGACUGGAACCCCAUUAGGUAACAAGAAGCAGCUUCCAGAAUUGUUCUCUUGACAAUCUAUUGAACACAUGGAAGACUCACUCACAUUAUACUUUAUGAGUCUUGGUGUAGCAACAAAGAAUCAAAAAAAAAAAAAAACCUAGGAAUCUUGAGGUUCUUGAUUUUUAAUUUUUUUUUAUUGUCAUAAUGCACUUGAAUUUUUCAUGUGAAUGUAGGGGAGGGGAAUGUACAUGUAAAGUGUGCUACUUGAUUAUGUUUAUGAGGGUCUCAUACAUGGGUUUCACUCCUUUGUAAAUAGUCUCUGUUGCAUAAUAUAUUUGUAGAUUAUUGUUUACCAUAAUGAAUAUUGUUCUUAUUUGCCAAA